UAAAUGACAAGCCUCAGGGCUCCAGACGAAGGCACACCUCACAAGCCCCACCCUCGCUCUUUUUUUGCAUGGGAAAGCCCGAGCAACCAAUGGAAGCGAACCUUGGCAAAAGGGCAUUGAUGGGAUACUGUUCUUCUCCCUCGGAAUCCCCUCCUCCCCUGCCUGGCCGAGAGACUGCCGGCGUGAGAGACACCCGCUGACUGUCACAUGGGGAGACUCCUGGAUGAGAGUGCCGUGGGAGGGAGAGACUGUGGGGGAAGGAUCCAAUAGUACAGUGCUGCCAGCAUUGCAUGCAGCAUGACGGGUAAACGAUACGGAGAGCGCGGAUAUCCUGUCAGUGACCGGGACAAAGAGCAUUCGCUAUCGACUCUGGCACUCACUGGAAGAAUGACAGCUGCCACUGAACUGAGACAGUGAUUGACUGGCAGACAAAGACAUCGCCACCGGGAGAGUCACAUCUCACUUGGGUACCGAUCGAAUCCAACAACCGGCACAGGGAGAUGCCUACUAUAGACUGAUCGGCUCGGUCAAGUGUCUGUAGGCUCCAUAUCGGCUCUAGCAAUCGGCUUGGAUUACAAGCACAUCGGGGGGAGCAGACUCAGCUGGAACAAUGAACUAUCUGAAUGUUUUGGCCAAAGCUCUUUAUGAUAAUGUGUCUGAGUCACCAGACGAGCUGUCUUUUCGCAAGGGGGAUAUCAUGACAGUCCUUGAACGAAACACUCAGGGUCUUGAAGGUUGGUGGCUAUGUUCUUUACAUGGAAGGCAGGGAAUUGUCCCAGGGAACAGGCUGAAAAUUCUGGUGGGAAUAUAUGACAAGAAACAGGGUUCUGGUGACCAGUGCCAGCAGAAGCCUCAGCAGCAAGCACAGCAACAGCCACCCCAAACUCCACUAAGUUAUCAACACCAGGGAGUCUAUAAUGUGGUCACAUCAUUAAAUCAGUAUACACCAAUGCAUUCUGUUUACCAGAGUCCAGGUGGAGAAAAUGUGUAUUUGAUGCCAGCACCUUCUAAGGGGCAAGAGGAGCUCUAUCAGAACCCUCAGGGGUCACCACAUCCAGGUCAAAUAACACCAUCAAAACAAGUCACCGUAUACCAGAGCCAGCCUGCUCAGCACCAGUUUCCAAGCCAAAUACAAGACAUCUAUCAGGUUCCACCAUCUAUGAACCAACCUCAGGAGCUCUACCAAGUUCCAGUGGGAUCUAUAAACCCUCCUCAGCCUCAGGAUGUUUAUCAAGUCCCAUCCUCUUCUGGAACAGUACUAGACAUAUAUCAGGUUCCACCUUCAAUGACCACUUCACAGGAAAUAUAUCAAGUACCACCAUCCAUGGAUAUGAGUGGAGCAGAAGUCAGAAAGAUGCCUGGGAAGGUUGUCCUUCCUACACCUGUUGGCCAAGUUUACGUUUAUGAUGCACCAAAGUCAGAGCAGCAGGAUGAAUAUGAUGUUCCCCGACACCUUGGCCCUUCAGGAUCCCAGGAAAUCUAUGAUGUUCCUUCGAGAUGCUUAGUGAACAAUUACAGCCCAGAGGUAUAUGACAUUCCUCCUAUUGCUUUAAAAGGCAUGGUCAGCAGAGAACAAACACAAGAGAUUUAUGAUAUCCCUCCCAGUGUACAAAAAAAUGUACAUGACCAGCUUCAGUCUCACUUAAUGAUAUAUGAUAUUCCACCAUCUGUCAGUAAAGGUGUUCCAGAUGGUCCUACAAGAGAAGAACCUUAUAAUUUCCCACCUGCUUUCUCAAGUCAAAAAAUGCAAGGUCCACUACAAGCUAUACCUCAUGUUGUCUAUGAACAUGAGCCAAACAUCCCAGAAGAAAUCUAUGAUAUCCCUUCUACUGCAAUUAAAGGUAGUGAUAUAUCCUUCUCCCAAGAGAUCUAUGAUGUACCUCCCAGUUUUAGAAAGCCUGCAGAACGCACCUUCCUUCAGGAUGUUUAUGAUGUUCCAAGAGAGUUUCAUUUAGGAAAACCAACCACUGAGAGUGAGACAGAUUAUAUAUAUGAUGUACCUCCUCAGGUGGACAGGGAGAUAAAAACUGUGGAUGAAUUGGUGGAAAACUUCAAACGUCUCUCAGCUUCCAGUACUGGAAGUACAAGAAGUAACAUCUCCAACUCUUCACUUGACACCAUCCCAGUUAAACAAUCUGCUGUCAAUUUGCCCAAACCUGCUGGAAAAGAGCUGAACCUUGAUUUAGAAGCAGCUAUGGAACUGCUGGUCAAGUUACAACAUGGUAUGAAUAGUUCAGUUUCUUACUUAAUGUCAUUCUUAAAUGGUCCCUGGAGGAGCCUUGAGCAGAUGGAGGCCAACAUUCAAAGCAUUCAGUCUGCAGUGGAAGGAGUGACAUCUACAAUGAAGGAAUUGCUUGAGUUUGCUAGAGGAGCAGUAGUAAACUCAACUCAAACUUCUGAUAGGACUCUACACACCAAACUAAGUAAACAGCUACAGAAGAUGGAAAAGGUUUACCAGCAACUGAUUAAACAUAGCCAAGCUUUGGACAAAUGUAGUUGGUCCUUUAACAUUCUGGCAACUGACAAACAGAGCACAUCUGAUGACCUGGAGCGAUUUAUUAUGUAUUCAAAGGGAAUACCUGAUGACACUAAGCAGUUGGCUUCCUUCCUACAUGGAAAUGCCUCUUUACUUUUUAAAAGGGCCACACAUGAUCUUUCCCUGAGUGAUUUGCAGGACAAUAGCAAUCACAUUUCUAAUAACAACAACAACGUGUCAGUUGGGCAAACAGGAGACACAGAAAAAGCUAGCAUACAAUCAAGACCCCUGCCUUCCCCUCCUAAGUUUAUAGCUGAGGGACAAUAUGAGAAUAAUGAGAGCGGAUGGAUGGAAGAUUAUGACUAUGUACAUUUGCAGGGAAAGGAGGAAUUUGAAAAGACACAGAAGGAAUUACUAGAAAAGGGAAAUAUUAUAAAGCAAGGAAAAGGUCACCUAGAACAACAACAGCUCAAGCAGUUUGAACGUCUACAAGAAGAGGUUGCACGACCCAUUGAGAGUGACCUUUCAAACUGGACACCUCCUCAACACUACACCCAGGUGCAGAGUGCACUCAGCAAUUCAGAUCGACGGUUACUUCUUUUCUACCAGGAGCAAUGUGAAGCCAAUGUGACUACCCUCACCAAUGCCAUCGAUGCCUUUUACAGUUCCAUCAGCAGCAACCAGCCUCCCAAAAUUUUUGUGGCUCACAGCAAGUUUGUCAUCCUAAGUGCACACAAGCUGGUCUUUAUUGGGGACAUCUUGUCACGCCAAGCCAAAGCUCAGGACAUACGAAACAAAGUCACUCAGCACAGUAACCUGUUAUGUGACAAGCUCAAGGAGAUCGUUCUCACCACCAAGAUAGCUGCACUUCAAUACCCAUCUCCUGCAGCUGCCAAGGAUAUGGUUUAUAGAGUCAAAGAUCUAAAUAGUAGCACCCAACAGUUUCGAAUGGUUCUCAGUCAGCUAGCUACGAUGUGAAUGAACACUGGCCUAGUUACUUAGAAACUUGGCAUGUCUGAAAGCUGAUAUGAAGAAAUUAGCUCAGUGAGCUUGCUGUGGCUACCAUGUAUUGUUUAAUUCUUCACACUUACAAAGCAAAAAAUAUAAAGACUUAUGAGGCUGGAGAUGGAAACUUAAUUAGAAAAUAUACAAAUGGGCAUUUCCUGGAGGAAUGUUGGACUAACUUUUAGUAUCUUUGUAAAUAUUGGGAAAUCUAUGUUAGAUAAUGUUGACAUGUUAAUUCUACAGUAUGGACUCAAAAAAGGCCAGAACCUAUGAUUUUUGUUCUUUUAAAAGACUAUGCCUUGUCAAUUGUUUUUCUUUCAAUGCCAAAAUGGUGUCAACAGUAAAAAAAU